AUGGAUAAUCCUGGAAUAAUGGAUCCUUCAGCAUCGCUUUUAAAAAUUACUACAAUUACUACUACCAUAAACACGACUAUUCCGUCUGAUUCUAAUGCAACCUUGUCAAUCAGUCAGAACUUAAGUCAAGAAGCCACCUCAGAACCACCAGAACCACCAGAGCCACUAGAUAUAACUUCUAAUCCUGGCUCUACCACGAAUUUUACUUUUACUCAAAAUCAACAACAAUUUGGCCCAAACUUCAAUGUUUCUAAUGAUACAACUACAGACACAACCUUUACAAAUACUUCAACUAUUGUACCACCAUUAGAAGCUUCAAAUAUUGAUGAUACAUCAAUUAUCACUACUACUACAUCGUUACCACCAUCUUCCUCUUUCUCAUCACAACAAACUCAAUAUACCGUAUCAUCAAAUCCUUUAACUUCUUUGUUAAAGAGUUUUUAUCCUUCAUCGUCAUCUGUAACAACAAUAACCACCACCAGUGGUCUAAAGAAAGUCCUUUUUGGUCAAUUUUCUAUACCACAAAAUAUUGAAGAAAGUCAACAGCCUACUAUUUUCCAAACAACGUCCGAAACAGUUGAUAUUACUACUCAGGACAUUAACUUAGAUACUACCAAAGACACUAAACAAUCUUCAACAUUAUCGUCAACAAUAAUACCAUCAUCAUCUACUACUUUAACAAAUACUACCAUCACUACAACAACCACCACUACUGCAGCAACAAACGACGCUAAUAGUAACAAUAAUAACAAACCAUUGUUUACUUAUAAAAAUCCAUUUGAUCUUUUUAAACAACAAUCUCCACCCCCUUCGCCUACCUCUUCCACUUCUAAUCCUGAUCAACAGCAAUUCAAUUCAUCUUGGUUUUCUUCUCAUAAAAAAAAUGAAACCCAAUCAUCUUCAUCUUCAUCACAAAAAGAGAGUGGUGGUAUGUUACCAAAACCAUUACACAGUGUUGAAACACAUCUUUCAAGUUACUCUGCUUGGAAUGUUCGUGCUGUCAGUAAAUUAAAACAACAGUCAAAUUUUCCUGAUGGUGUACGAUUACCAAGAGGAGUUCUUUUAUAUGAUACUGGCAAUCGUAAUGAAAAUGUUUUGUGUACAAAAGAUUUGGAUCUCACUACAAUAACACUUGUUUUAAAUGAAUUGGAAUAUCGCUCAGGAAAAUUGAUAGCCAGUCAAGAUAAAUCUAUAAUUGAUCUAUGCAUUCAUCAUGUUCCCUACGAACCAAAGGAUGCGGAUAAUGACAAAUCUUUUAAAUAUUUGCUUCUAGUACUUGGAGAGAGUAGGAUUACAAUUUGGGAGCUUUCACUUUCAUCAGGUGGAUCAGAUUCAGAAAUAUUAUCUAAACUCUUACUUGAAAUUGAUGGUAAAGCUUUGAUGGAAGAUAACAAUAAUCAACCAAGAUUUCAUAGAGCAAUUUGGCAUACAGUAAAUCCUAAUAUCUUUGCAGUGGUAGUUGAUUUUAAUGACGUUUGGAUCAUAAAUAUUGCAAAAAUAUUAUCAAUAAAUAAUAAACCUUCAAAUGUCAAGGUCAAUGAAACUGAUAUUGCUGAUUAUGUUUUGAAAACAGGAAAAUAUGGAAAGUUAAUUAGCGAUUUGGCAUUUUCACCCGAUGGAUCUACUUUAGCAACUGCAAAUGAUGACAGUGUUAUUUUUUGGAAAUCGAAUUUCAAUAUGAAUGAUGUCACCAGCAAUGAUGAUAAUAGUGACGAAUUUAGCAAUGGCAAUCUUGAUCCUAUCAAAAAAAUAAUUUUAGACGGGCAACAAGUUUCCUCAGUUUUGUUUGUUGAUGAUAGUGAUGAUAAUAGUAAUACGACUUUAGAACAUAAUAAUAGUUCAUCUUCAAAUUUCCGAUAUGUAGUUCUUGGUACUGAACUUAACACUAAUCUUCACCUUUACGAUGUUGAAACAGCUCAAUACAUUCAAUCUAUCAAAUUUUUGCCACCUCCACCGGAACGACACGCCUUCUCCACUAAAAAAUCAUCUAAUAGUCGUAAUAAAGAAGAACAACCAAUGUUCAAUUGUAUUGGUUACGAAAGAACCAAUCGGACUUUAUUAGUUGGAAAUAGCGCUAGAGUCUCAAUAUUUGCCUUACGUUUGAAUCUACCCAGUCGUAAAAAACUAGAUUCGUCAUCAUUUGAUGAUUCGGUCCAAUUCAAUUAUAUGAUUGAAUUUCCAGUUGGACAAUUGAUUGGAAAUUUUGUUGUUAUCCCAGAUGCAACUAGUGGAAAUGGCGUUUUAACAUUUUGUACUCAAACAAAAGCUGUUCAACAAUAUCAUAUUCGUAAUGAAUUAUUACUACCAAACAAUUUCAAAGAAUGCCCGGAAUUUGUUAAUGAAGAAGAAACUAUUACAAAUGAUGUUGAUAAGAAAGAUAUUGACAAAAAAAAGGCCACAAGUUCUUCUAACCAAAAUGUGAUAGAAUUCCCUUCUGACCCUGAAAGAACAACUACAAGAAGAAAAGAACAACAUGCUAAAUCAUCUAGCAAAAAAGGUGAUAACAUAACAACGACAAAUAAAUCUGGUGGUGGCGGUGGAAAUGAUAAUAAUAGUAGCAAAUCAAAAAAGACAGAAGAAAAUUCUAGAAAUUCUGGCGAAAUAAAAAAAAUGGAAGAUACUGUUUCCAACAAGCUUGGAAAACUAUUUUCUAAAGAAUUGGAAAAACAAUUUCAAAAGAUUGAAGAAGAUCGUAUUGCUCAUCAAGCAGCUGAAACGUCACGUCAAGAAACAAUUUUAAAAGUCGUUUCACAAACACUUAGUACAAACACUGCAAAAUUAUUGGAGACGACAGUUCGUAAUGAAAUUCAAAUUAAUGUUCUUCCGUCAUUAAGUAAGAUGGUCAACAGUGCAAUAGAUAAGCAUGUUCAUAGAGGAAUAACUGAAGCAAUGAAUAAGAGUAUUCCAAAUACCAUAGAAAAAUCUAUCUCAGAUCAAAUACAAAGGAUGCUAGCAAAGAAUGCAGUCAUUGAACCCAUAGCUAAAGGAGUAUCCAAAACAAUAAAACCAGUGAUCGAAGAAAACUUUAGAGAUUACUUUGAAAACAUAAUCGUUCCAACAUUUGAAAAAUCAACAAAUUCAAUGUUUGAUCAAAUCACUUCUAUGCUUGAAUCUGGUCUUCGGGAUAUUAGUAUUAGUACAACCACUCCACAAUCGUCAUCAACAACAGUUCUUCACGAUCAAAAUGCUACAAAUAAUAUAACAAGAUUACAAACUUCCGUUGAUCAUCUUACUUUGCAAGUACAACAAUUGCAACAAUUCUUGCAAUCACAACAACUAAUUACUAAUUUAACAACAAGACAUCAUCAAUUGGCCCGUUCAUUAUCAGGGGAAUUGAAACGGAUUUUAAUUCCUCAAUCUUCUUCAAAUAUUUCACAAACAUCCCCAAUUACUCAGACAGAUCCUUAUCAAUAUCCAUCAUCAUUUGCUAGAUCUUCUUCUGCUGUUUCUGCUGAUCGUCUUUUAGAAAUGGGAAAUUAUGAUGAUGCUUUUGCUACAAUUUUAGCAACACAUGACCUACAAUCUAUUCUUCGUUUAUGUAGCAAGGUUAAUCCUAGUGUUAUAUUUGAUUCUUCGAGUAAUUUAGUUUCUCAGCCUGUUAUUCUUUCCCUUGUUCACCACCUAUCUAUGGAUCUUCAUAAAUAUCAAGAAUUUAAGUUAAAUUGGCUGGAAGAAACUAUCAUCAAACUUAAUCCUAAGGACCCACUUAUCAAAGAUCACUCUGAAAGGAUUUUACCAACAGUUAAACAACGUCUUGAAGAGCGUUACUUUCAAGUGGAUACUCAGGAUAGUAAUGAUCCAACUUUAAAAUCUAUUUCAUUUUUGGUUCGUGUACUGAAUAAUUUGACGGUAUAA